ACUGUGGGAUUUAUUUAACAUGAUCUUGGCAAACGCCUUCUGCCUCUUCUUCUUUUUAGACGAGACCCUCCGCUCUUUGGCCAGCCCUUCCUCCCCGCAGGGCCCCGAGCUCCACGGCUGGCGCCCCCCAGUGGACUGUGUCCGGGCCAAUGAGCUGUGCGCGGCCGAAUCCAACUGCAGCUCCCGCUACCGCACGCUGCGCCAGUGCCUGGCCGGCCGCGACCGCAACACCAUGCUGGCCAACAAGGAGUGCCAGGCAGCCUUGGAGGUGCUGCAGGAGAGCCCGCUCUACGACUGCCGCUGCAAGCGGGGCAUGAAGAAGGAGCUGCAGUGCUUGCAGAUCUACUGGAGCAUCCACCUGGGGCUGACCGAGGGUGAGGAGUUUUAUGAAGCUUCACCCUAUGAGCCGGUGACUGCCCGCCUCUCGGACAUCUUCAGGCUUGCUUCAAUCUUCUCAGGGACAGGGGCAGACCCGGCAGUCAGCGCCAAGAGCAACCACUGCCUGGAUGCCGCCAAGGCCUGCAACCUGAACGACAACUGCAAGAAGCUGCGCUCCUCCUACAUCUCCAUCUGCAACCGUGAGAUCUCGCCCACGGAGCGCUGCAACCGCCGCAAGUGCCACAAGGCCCUGCGCCAGUUCUUUGACCGCGUACCCAGCGAGUACACCUACCGCAUGCUCUUCUGCUCCUGUCAGGACCAGGCGUGCGCCGAGCGCCGCCGCCAGACCAUCCUGCCCAGCUGCUCCUACGAGGACAAGGAGAAGCCCAACUGCCUGGAGCUCCGCAGCCUGUGCCGGACAGACCACCUGUGCAGGUCCCGGCUGGCGGACUUCCAUGCCAACUGCCGUGCCUCCUACCAGACGCUCACCAGCUGCCCCACCGACAAUUACCAGGCGUGUCUGGGCUCCUACGCUGGCAUGAUCGGGUUCGAUAUAACACCCAACUACGUGGACUCCAGCCCCACGGGCAUCGUGGUGUCCCCCUGGUGCAGCUGUCGUGGGAGUGGAAACAUGGAGGAAGAGUGUGAGAAGUUUCUGAAGGAUUUCAUAGAGAAUCCAUGCCUCCGGAAUGCCAUCCAGGCCUUUGGCAAUGGUACAGAUGUGAACCUGUCCCCUAAAAACCCCCCAUUCCAGGCCACACAGGCCCCUCGGAUAGACAAAACGCCUUCAUUGCCAGAUGACCUCAGUGAUAGCACCAGCCUGGGGACCAGUGUCAUCAGUACCUGCACAUCUGUCCAGGAGCAGGGGCUGAAGGCCAAUAACUCCAAAGAGUUAAGCAUGUGCUUCACAGAGCUCACAACCAAUAUCAUCCCAGGGAGUAAAAGGGUGAUCAAACCUAACUCAGGCCCCCGCAGAGCCAGACCGUCAGCUGCCUUGACUGCUGCAUCCUUCCUGAUGCUGAAGCUGGCCUUGUAG